UCAAUGUACCUCGUGGAAAAUCUGAGACACCUUCUAUCAAGUUUUUAGAUCGUUUUCGCGCUACAGAGAAGUUUUUUGCUAAUACUAAUAUUAAAUAACCUAAAAACCACUUUCGCUAUUAAAGUCUAAAGGUCUUCUUAACUCUGAAGAAUUGCUACAAAGAGCUGCAUGUUACUUCUGGAUGGCUUUUGUCAUUUGUAUAUCUCUCUCUCUCUCAGCCUGAGAUCUCUCCAGUGAUUCUUUCCUAUGUUAAAUUGCAUUGCAAGAAGUAGUAAACAAGACUCUUAUUAGUAUGCCUUUUAAAACUAAUUUAAUUGGCAAAUGAAAAAAAAAAAUGAUUUCAUCAAACAAUGUCCAAAGAAAAGGAAAAAUGAAAUAUUGUAUAAUUUAAUUACUGUCUGGAAAAUAUAAUACAAAAAUGUGUGCUUGCAUGAACAGAGUGUACUUGUAGAUAGUGAACAGGGAAUGAGACACAAGGAAGAUACAUCUUUGAAAGAAGCAAGCUUUAUUACUUUUAUGAUUGAAUUGACUUAUUAUUGAUCAUCAAUAAAUAUAAUAACACUGGAACACUUUAGCUAAGCAAUGUUUCACUGUGAAAGUGAGAAAACCAUUUCAGUUUCAUCUUUAUGGGACAAAAGAUAAACCUAAGGGUCCUGUUUUGGAAAGUAAAAAGAGAACGGGUAUUAUUGGGAAUUUUCUGGGCAACUUUGAAUUUUUGAGGAGUCCUUUACCAAUUCAACAACAUCACUACAAAGAUAAAAUUGUUAUGUGGCUGCAGAUACAUUGUUGAAUGGGAAAUUAGUAGAUUUUCAUUUUAGUUCCUAUGAACACCAACAUGGCUGAAAGUGAAAUUGAUCCGGAUUAUGUUGAAGCUUCUUCUGCAUUUGUUUUAAGACGUCAGAGCACCCAGCAUAAACUGAUAGAAACAUUUUUCCUGACUCCAGUUCUUUGUAAGCAUUGUGAAGAUUAUAUCUGGGGAACUGGAAAAAUUGGAAUAAAAUGUGAAGGCUGCCAUUCGUGCUUCCAUAAUAUGUGCAUUUCCCAUACCGGUGGUCAUCCAUGUCAACGGACUCAAUAUGCCUUACCCCCCAUCACCAUGGACAGAGAAGUGCCAGUCAUCCAGUGGUCAACAGCCAAUGUUGUGGAAUGGAUGGCUGCCUUAAACUUGUACCACUAUGCUGAACUCUUUAGGUUUAGAAACAUAAAAGGCUCAGAUCUCUUCUUGUUGGAUAAAGAGAAAUUACUUAGCAUAGGUGUUAAAGAUGAAUUCCACCAAAAGGCAAUUCUUGUGUGUGUUGAUGAACUGUGCAGGGCUAAAGAAGAAAUGGAUUCCAUAGAGGAAAUCAAAAACUUUGCUAAUGUCUCUUGUAAUGAAAAUGAUGAGGCACCAUAUGUUCCCCAUAAGCUGGUCCAGGAAAGUUUCUCUACAUUACUUCAGUGUCACAAGUGUCAUGCCUACUUAAGGGGAAUUGUUCAUCAGGGACUCGUGUGUAAAGAAUGUGGACUGGUAUGCCACAAAACAUGUGCUGCAACAGGACUACCAUCUUGCCAGGGGCCAGGCAAACAAAAAGAACAUUUGUUGUCAAAGUCCAAUGUGUUUGGACAAGACUUGACAACUUCCUUUGAUGCAACUGAGUUAUCUGCUCCAAAAAUUGUCGCAUUGUGUCUUCAAGAAAUAGAAACCAGGGGACAACAAAACAAAAGUAUUGAUAUGUAUAGAGUAUUUAUGUCCUCGACUUCACCUGAAACAGUGAAUGAACUAAAGCAAAAAUUCAAUAAAGAUGUGAAUAGUGUAGAUCUUCAGAAUUAUGAGCUGAAUUCUAUUGCUGGUGCCUUAAAGAAAUACCUUCGUGAGUUGCCAAACCCUGUGAUACCUGUAGAAAGCUAUGAAAUGUUCCUGGAGGCUUCCAAAAUAGGAAAUGAUGACCAGUGUGUUCUUUGUCUUGUUCAGUUAGUCAAACAACUUCCUGUUAAUCACAGAGUUACCCUUCAGACUCUAAUGUCUUACUUUUGUCGGAUUUGUCAGUUACAACACAUGCGAGGAAUCAGAGACUCCCCUACUGUUUUAAUUAAAACGAUGUGCCACAUUUUGCUUCGUCCACGUUGGGAAAAUAUCAUACAAAUAGUUCACAACACAGAAGCACAUAUACGUAUUGUGGAGUUGUUGUUAUACAAAGGUGACUGGGGUGAGAAGAUGCCAGUUUUUGAUUCAGCCCCAGCCUUACCACCUCGAAGACCAUCCUUUGUUUCCAGUCAGUUACCAUCAGAGACAUUUACAAUGGGAAACUCUAACACUGGAGGAUCUGUGGCAAAAAGUAGUGGGAACAAUUCUGAAUACAGCAUUGGUCCUUCUGUCAGAUCUGUAGAAGGACCCCUUACACUGGAGGAGGCAGAGUGGUAUUGGGGAGAUAUUACAAGGGAGGAAGUAAAUGAGAAGUUGAAAGAUACUCCAGAUGGCACUUUCCUUGUAAGAGAUGCUUCCAACAAAGGAUCAGGUGAAUAUACACUCACACUUCGCAAAGGAGGAAGCAACAAGUUAAUCAAAAUUUAUCAUAAGAAUGGAAAGUUUGGGUUCUCUGAGCCUCUGAAGUUCAACAGUGUUGUGGAAUUAAUUAAGUAUUAUCGCAGUGUUCCACUAUCUCAAUACAACCGAACAUUAGAUCUGAAGCUACUUUAUCCAGUGUCUAGGUUUCAGCAGGCAGAGGAUGAGGAGGAAAGCACAGCUGAUGUGGAAAUGGUGGCUCAGAAAUUAAUGGAAGUUAACAAAGAAUAUCUCCAGAAAACUAAGCAGUAUGAUCAGUUCUAUGAAGAUUACAGCAAAACAUUACAGGAAAUUCAGCUACAGAGACAGGCCCUUGAUGCCUUCAAUGAAACGGUAGCAGUGUUUGAAGAACAAAUUGAAUUACACAUGGACCAUCAAAAAGAAGCUAUGCAGCAUGAAAUGCUUGGACUUGUUGAAAACUUCGACUUACUGAAGAAACGGUUACGCACAAUACAAGAAAGUAAAAUUCAGUUGGAGAAUGAUUUGAAACACCAAGCAGCAUAUAACCGGACAUUAGAUAGAGAGAUGAAUUCUUUAAAGCCUGAGAUUAUCCAGUUAUACAAACAGCGAGAACAGUACCAAUUAUGGUUACUAAGUAAAGGACUGAAAAAGGAAAGAAUUGACAAGUUGCUUCAAGAUUCAUCUGCAGAUGCUAAAGACCUGGCAAGAGAUUCAGCUUUUGUCCAGGAUUAUGAUAGUCUUCCCCAUCAUGAUGAGUCCACGUGGUUUAUAAGUGAAUGCUCAAGGCCGCAGGCUGAGAACCUGCUCAGUGGAAAGUCUAAUGGGACAUUUCUUGUCCGUAACAGUCGUACAGGCCAGUAUGCAUUGUCCAUAGUAGCUGACGGAAAGAUUGGUCAUUGUCUUAUCUAUAAGACACCAAAGGGGUAUGGCUUUGCUGAGCCUUAUAACAUCCACCCAACACUGAAAAGUUUAGUGCUUCACUAUGCUCAGACUUCUCUUGAAGAACACAACGAUACUUUACAAACAACUCUGGCUUAUCCUGUUUUUGCAUUGCAAUCAGACCAGUAUGUUAAUUUUUCAAACUAACAGAAGGUCAUUGCUUAUUGUUUCAGUACCUAUCUGUGUAGAUAAAAACAUUUUGAUCAUUUACAGACUGUCUUGUUGUUUCCCACUGAAUUGUAGAAGAUGAUAAACAGAAAAUUGAAUAUAAAAUCAUAAGUUUAGUUAUUAGCUGCUCAUUUCUUAACAUAUUAAACUGAAACUGUGUGAAAGUUUCUUUCAUUUAGUGAAUAAACUUUCUUUUCAAUUUUUUGUCAUGAAAUUGUUGGAACUCCUUGUAUUCUUCAGGUUGUAUAAACAUUAAAUCUGACUUGAGAACUAGUGGUUAACUUGCUGGACUGUGAAUCUGAGGGUCCAUGGUUCAUAUCCCAAUGCCACGGAAUUGCACUCUAUUGUUAUAAGAGUGACUGUCAAAACUUACUAUUCAAUUAGAGUACCCCUAAAGUUGGCAAUGGGUGCUGUUGACUAGCUGCCUUCCCUCUAGUCUACCAGUUCAAAAUGAGAGAUGGCUAGCACAGUUAGCACUUGUAUAACUUUCAUGAAUAUCU